UAAUUCUACUCUUUCUUUUCCUUCUCCAUGUUAAGGUAUGAUUGUAUGAAUAUGUGUUAUGAUUAUGUAGAUCCCAUCUCCAUUUAGAGGAUAUCAUCAAGCCAUCAUCAUCUAUCAUCCACAUCAAUAUCUUGCAAUAAUUGAUAUAGAAAGACACAAUGAGCUUCUUAAGACUCUUUCAAACCCCACAACAAGAAGAGAGUGAUGAUCAUGAUCAUCUUGAAUCCAUCCAUUGCUUGCCCCUUUUAAGCAAGUUAAGUGAGGCAAAACCCAUUGACACCAUCAAAGAUGAAGAAAGGAAUGAUGGGUAUGUGGGGGUGGCUUUGCAUUUAGGGCUGCCGGAAUCCGGUAAGCUCGAGGAGGAGGCCACCGCCCGGAAACAACCCUCAUUUCUGGAAGAGGACGGGAAGAAGAGAAAGGUGGCUCUGGUUGAUGGUGAUGGAUGCAAAUUUGCCAAUAGUAGGAGUAGGUUUUGGAUCCCUACGCCGUCGCAGAUUCUGGUCGGUCCUAUGCAGUUCGCUUGUAACAUAUGCAACAAAGCCUUCAAUAGGUAUAACAACAUGCAGAUGCAUAUGUGGGCACAUGGUUCAGAAUUCAGAAAGGGUCCGGAAUCAUUGAGAGGCUCUCAACCAGCAGCAAUGCUAAGGAUGCCAUGUUAUUGUUGUGAAGAAGGGUGCAAGAAUAAUAUUAACCACCCAAGAGCUAAGCCAUUGAAGGAUUUCAAAACCCUCCAGACACAUUACAAAAGGAAGCAUGGCUCAAAGCCCUUCUCAUGCAGAAAAUGCGGAAAAAUGUUUGCAGUGAAAGGGGAUUGGAGGACGCAUGAAAAGAAUUGCGGGAAACUCUGGUUUUGUGUAUGUGGUUCAGACUUCAAGCAUAAGAGAUCUCUCAAAGAUCACAUCAAAUCUUUUGGAAUAGGCCACUCACCUCACCCUUCACUUGAAGGCUUUGAGGAUGAUAUAGAGUGCAUAACAGCUGGUUCUGAGGAUGAGGGUAGACCUUCCCAAUCGGGGAAUUCUUACUUACUCUAAAUUGGCAAAAAGAUUUACAUAUUUAGUUUUGUAACUUAUGUUUAUAUCCAUUACUAGUCUUGUAAUUUUAGCUACUUGCAGAUAGUCCUGUAAAUAGUAUGUUUGUAUACACUGCCAACUUUGUUACCAAAAUAAUGUACCACUAGCUCUG